GGGGACUUUGUGGUGAUCAAACGCUUCAGGAGGAAGAACUGGCAGUCCAGACGGUGGGAAGGACCCUUCCAGAUCCUCCUGGUCACUCACACAGCAGUCAAGGUCGCGGAACGAUCCACGUGGGUGCACGCAACACACUGCAAACAGGUUCCGGACCCAGGAGAGGUGCCAGGUUCGCUAACACCUGCAACAAGUGACGAGCAGGUUCCCUGCUGAGUCACCGACGGAAAUCGAUUCAGAGACCAGCUUGACAGACGGCGUUCUGUGCUAUCUCUGAAAUCAAUCGGGGAGAAACUGGAGUUUUUCUCACUGAUUUGCAAACACACUGAAGGAGGAGAGAAAGUGUGACCAACAUACUGGUAUUGUACCUUUUUGAACACAGCACAUUCCUGAAAAACACUCAUUCUGAUGCUCUGACACUCACAGCACAGUCCUUGUUUUCUUUACACUGAGGAACUGUUGACAUUCCUCUGUGACUCAGAGCAGUGUGCUCAGGCACACACAUACAGGAGCAGAGUGCUGUGAUAUGCACACAUGAUGGAGCAGCACGAGAAACUACUGAAAUGGUACCCUCCGAGGAGAUUCGGGGGGUCCAAAUUUGUACUGAGUUUAUUCUUCAUUACUGCAUUUGUGAUUUUUGCAUUCGUAAUGUUAGAAAGAUAUGAUAAACCGCUGACUGAAGUAACCAUUUUUUCCAACACCACUUCUCCCAAUGACACAGACACACCCAGACACACUAGGAACACUAGUGAGGAGCAUGGGAGGGGAAAGCGAGUGACGCGUUCCACAGUUUCUGCGUCUAGGAGUAGAUGGCGUUCAGAGUACAACAGGUAUCACAGAGCUACUGUUACUAUCAUGGUCAACACUACAUCCACUCUUAUGCUUCAGCCCUGUGACUUUGUGUGGUGCGGGGAGCAUGGAGCAUCAGUAGGAGAGAGAGAGGUAUAUGUAUGUUACAUUGCAGAGGUGAUGGAUUUAGGUUAUUACAGAGAAGGAGGACCCUUAUGUUCCUCAUGGAAACAAGCUGUUUGGUAUACAGGUAAUGCAGAUUGGGGCUAUGAAGUUCCUAACGACCACACAAACCUAACCAAUAGAUUAUCAAUAAAGAAGGUAAACUAUUCCUCAACAGGCAUCUUGUUAACAUUGACCAAUGCUCAGUAUUCGGACCAAGGUUACUUCGUUGUGUGUAUUAUGACCUUAGGGAGGCUUCCCUGUGGAUCUUUUUAUCUUGAAGUAAUCUCACCUUCCACAUCUCACACAGAAUCACCACAUUUGACGCAGACUUUUGAAAGUUUAUCUAACAGAUGGGGAUCUUCUGAGGAUAAUGAUGCAUUCUCCACUAAUGCAUGGCUUGGCCUAGUUAAGAAGUUCACGCGUGAUGUAGGGUAUAAUGACUCUUGUUAUGUAUGUUCACUAUUUCCCCACUCUCAGAAGCAGGCUACCCCAGUAAAACCACACACAUUGAAUCUCACAGAAGUUGUCUGUGCUCUGACAGCACUCAAGGAUGUUAGAGAGGAGGGGGGUCAGUUCUAUUCGGCUUUUAUUCAACCUUCACCUUGUGGAGGUUUUGCGAAUCGCACUGUGCGUGCUCCGAAUGGUACUAUUUUUAAAACUAAAAAUGGAAAAGCAUCUGAUAGUAUAGGACAGUUUCACCAUAGCCUUAUGAAAUAUUAGUGCAUGCUUACACUCCACACCAGGGUAUCUUAGUGCUUCAGUACUGAUACCAUCUUUGACUCACACCAUGCGUUGGCCUGAUGAUUCUGGCGCAGGGUCUCUUGUGGAUUAUGUUUGGCUCUGUGGAGACCAUUGGUAUCAGAUUUUGACUUCACGAUGGGCAGGAAGAUGUAGUAUGAUAUAUUUGACACCUUCCAUUACAGUUAUGACUUCCCUUGUGCAUACAACACACCACUAUCCCAUGUACGUGCCCACAUCUGAUGUUUCGGCUAGAGAUAAGCGAGAGGUUACCAGCCCAGGAACUAAAUUCGCAGCAGGGUUUUUUCCUUGGUAUGGAACAAUAAAUAAUGCACAUAAUAUUGAUCAGGUUCAGGAAAGUCUUGAGAAUUUGACUGCUAUGAUGAUUUCAGGGUUUGGAGAAUUUCCUCCUGUUAUGCGAGCUAUGAGAAACAUGCUAAUGCAACAUCAGAUGGGAUUGGACCUAUUGCUAGCAGCACAGGGGGGACUUUGCCACAUAAUAGGCACACACUGCUGCACAUUCAUUCCAGACAUUUCAGGAAACAUCACUGACACCAUUCACCACUUGAACCUACUUUUGACUAAUCUCAAAGCACAGGACGUCCCAGAACACUAUGCAGGAUGGGACUGGUGGGCCUGGGUUUUUCAAGGGGGGUGGAAGGCUUGGUUAGCUAGAUUUAUUGCACCACUAAUAACUUUGAUGUUUGGUUUCCUGAUCUGUGUAUGCUGCAUAAUCCCACUAGUCAAGAAAAUGAUUUCCUCCAUCUUCAUGGUAAAUAUGAUACAGUAUCAGGCACUUCAGAAUACUGAGUCCUCUGACUUGUUUCGUAUGUCCAGAUAUGAUGAUGAGGUUCUGGAUACUGUUUCUGAUACUGUGUGAGACUGAUUAAAAUUUUUUGUUUUAUUAUUUUUACUUAGACGUGAACGCUUGCUACAAUUAAAAAGGUUUUUUUUUGUACCUCUUUAAAAAACGGCAUUUCAGCAAUAGACAAUUAUAUCCAUAAGUUUGAAUCUUUAAGAAGUAAAGGUUGAAUUUUGUGAUUAAUUCUAAGAUAUGUUUGAUGUUUGAAUCUUUAAGAAAUAAGGUUUGAAUUUUUAAAGUAAAAUUUAUUUUGUGUGAUUAUGUUGUAAUCAAAAGGGUGGACUGUGGUGGCAAAUUUUAUUUUAACCAUUAUUGAUUAAUGAUUAUAACCAUUUGCUUAAAGAUUGUUUUAAAC